UGUUGUUUUGGUGAGAGAGCUUCAGUCGUUCUUGACUCUUCGACCAUCGAGAUAUCGGCGAAACGGUCAAAACAAAAAGAAAUAUUGUGCGUGCUAGACAAAUAAUCGAUUUAUUGAUCGAAAGUGAGAAUCAUGAGAUUGCUCAAGUGUUUGGUGCCCGUGGUGGUGCUGCUAUUGAUUAAGAAUUCCUCCGCAAGACCUGGUGUACUACGCGAUUUGAUUGGCGGCAAUGUCGGUGGUUUGUUGGACCCAUUGGGAAUUUUCAAACCUAAAGGGGGUCAGGCAAAUAGUCAGGCUAACUCUCAAUCAUUAGGAGGAGGUUUCAAUAUCGGACCGGUCGGAGUCGGAGGUGGAUAUUCCUCGUCGUCAGCCUCGGCAUCGGCGAAUGCGGAUGGUGGUUCGGCUUCAGCGAAAGCGGAUGCUCAAGCUCAAGGAUACGGAGGAUACGGCAGUUCCAACGCGCAGGCGUCUGCUAACGCUAACGCUAAUUCAGGUAAUUAUGGAGGUUCUUCAAGAACCCCGGGGAGUUAUGGUGAUGGUGGCGGUUAUUACCGUCCCAGCGUCAAUCAGGCUCCCAUUCAAGCCAAUCAACCGUAUUACGGAAGUCACGGUGGCUCUCAGUCUAACGCUAACGCUAACGCUAAUGCGAAUGCCAACGCUAUCGCCAACGGUGGCAGUGGCGGAGCUUUACCGGGCAGCUCUUAUUAUCCAAUACCUUCUGGACCUAAGGUCAACGGCAACGCUAACACCAAUGCUUACGCAAAUGCGGCUGCGAACGCCGCGGGCAGCGGUGGCAUAAACGUAGUCCCGGGCAAAUAUCCUGGCGGAGGAAUAGACCAAAUAGAAGUCAUUCCGGUAAAUACGUUACCGAUCUCUCAACCAGUUCAUCCAACGCCUCAACAGCCGUCCUACCGACCAAUUCCUCAAGGAAUUGGUAAAGAAACCGUUAUUCCGGUUGUUAUUACCGAGACUUACUCACCACCAGUGCAGUAUCCGCAGUAUCAUAAUCCAAAUCCUCAUCAUUAUCACCAUCGUCGGCCGCACGGUUACAGGGGUAAACCGAAGCAACAGCCCGUCCAGAUUAUCGUCAUCGAGGAACCAGCGACUAGCCAAGCUAAUGGUUACGGAAAUGGUGGUACCCAUGGAACAUAUCCAGCACAACAAGGCUCUUAUGGUGGCCACAGUGGUAAUCCCUUCUUAUCAGGCGGCGCGGGAAAUGCCAAUGCCAACGCUAAUGCUCAUGCUAACGCUAACGCUAACGCCAAUACUCAAGCAGGUACAGGCGGAAGCGGCGGUACCCUAGGAGGAUAUCAACAAGGUAGCAAUUACCCAGAAGUUCCAUCAACUCCAAUUGGCGGAAACAAUCCAUUUUUGAGCAGUGGACAAUCCGGAGCCACUGCUAACGCUCAGGCCAAUGCAAAUGCUGGAGCCGGCACUACCGGACAUCAACCGGUAGGUGCGAAUAAUCCAUUCCUCAAUGGCGGCGCGUCCCAUGGUAACACGGGAGGAACAGGAGGCGGUAUUGUUUUGGGCGAGAAACCCAAAGGCAUUCCUACAACGUAUCCCGGACAAUUUUCUGGAGGAUCUUCGGGGCUCGGUUCAGCAGGAGCUAAUGCUGGCGCUAAUGCCAAUGCCGGUAUUGGAGGAGGAGAACUCAGUGGACCGAUCAAAGGCAGUCCAAUAGGCGGAUAUGGCGGUGGAUCUUCCGGAUCAACUAUUCUUGGUGGUUACGGGGGUCAAGGAUCAGGUAGUCCGAGCUAUGGUGGAGGACAAGCUGGAGGUUUAUCCAAUUCCAAUGCGGGAGCCACUAGCGGAAGUAGCGGAACUGUCCUCGGAGGAUCCGGCGGUCAUGGAAUUGUUCUCGGAGGAUCUGGAGGUCACGGAGGCUAUGAUAACCAAGGCAGCGGUGGAUAUGGACAGGGAGGCACUUCUGGAUUAGGAAAUCUUGGAGGAUACGGCAGUGGUUCUUCUGGUGCUAAUGCCAAUGCCAAUGCUAAUGCUGGCGCCACUGGUGGAAGUAACGGAAUUGUUCUCGGAGGAUCUGGAGGUCACGGAGGAUAUGAUAACCAAGGCAGCAGUGGAUACGGACAAGGCGGCUCUUCUGGAUUGAAUCUUGGGGGAUACGGUAGUGGUUCUUCUGGUGCGAAUGCCAAUGCUAAUGCCGCUAGCGGAAGUAGCGGAAGUAGCGGAAGUAGCGGAACUGUCCUCGGAGGAUCCGGCGGUCAUGGAAUUGUUCUCGGAGGAUCUGGAGGUCACGCAGGCUAUGAUAACCAAGGCAGCGGUGGAUAUGGACAGGGAGGCACUUCUGGAUUAAAUCUUGGAGGAUACGGCAGUGGUUCUUCUGGGGCCAAUGCUAAUGCUAAUGCUAACGCUAAUGCAGGAACCGCUGGCGGAAGUAACGGAAUUGUUCUCGGAGGAUCUGGAGGUCACGGAGGAUAUGAUAACCAAGGCAGUGGAUAUGGACAAGGCGGCUCUUCUGGAUUAAAUCUUGGAGGAUAUGGCAGUGGUUCUUCUGGGGCCAAUGCUAAUGCCAAUGCUAAUGCAGGAACCUCUGGUGGAAGUAAUGGAAUUGUUCUCGGAGGAUCUGGAGGUCACGGAGGAUAUGGCACCCAAGGCAGCGGUGGAUAUGGACAAGACGGCUCUUCUGGAUCGAACCUCGGUGGAUAUGGUGGAGGUUCUUCUAACGCUAAUGCUAACGCUAAUGCCAAUGCUGGAAGUUCAAAUAAUGUCCUUAGUGGAUACGGAAGUGGCGUUAAGGGAUCAGGUUCUGGACAUGGAGGAUUCGGUGGCCAAGGUGGAUUUGGCGGAUCAGCCGGAGGAGGCUCAAACGCCAACGCUCAGGCGUCUUCUAAUGCUAUCGCAUCCGGUGGUGGCUCGUCCAAAGCCACCUCCGACGCUGUGUCCAACGCGCAUACCAACGGUGGAUCGGCAUCAGCGAACAGCAAAUCGUCAGCCUUUACGAGUGGAUCGGGAUCUGCGAACGCCAAUGCACAAGCGUCUAGCAAUGCAUCUUCUGGGACUUAUGGUGAAAUAGGAUCAAAGAGUUCAGCAUCAAGCCAAGCGUCAGCCUCGGCCGACACCAGGGACAUGUUGAUCUUCAAUUAAACAUUGUGAUACAACGAAAUACAGACGAGGGGAUACUCGAAUCUCCUUAACUGCAAGAACGACAUAAUACUCGUUAUCCAUGUUUUGAUACUCCGCAAAUAAACAUAUGCUAAUAUGACGCAGUUAUUACCUAGUUUUAUGACGAAGAUUGUUAUAAAAUUAGAAAGAUGUAUAUCAUAACACUAUCUAAUAUAAUACGUUCAAAUUUAUAAUUGUAAAUUUGUACGCAUUUGUACGCAUUUGUUUUUUUUAAGACUCAUAAUCAUCAAUUGGCGCUGUUCUCGAAAUUGGAAUUAGAUCGAUUUUGAGAACAGAUAUUUUCAUUUGUAUACAUUCUUUAGCAUUUAUUAGAUAUUGUGUAAGAAUAAGUAAACGAUCGAUAUGAUUUUAAUAUUUUUAGUACGAUUUAGAGCCCUUAAAAGAUCUUAUAAUUUAAUACUUGUAUUUAUAUUCGUUCCGUGAAAUGCGUCAGAGACAGAUUGAAUAUUGUUUUGCUCAAUAUGACGAAGUAUUUAACUUAAUUAAAAAUUAAAAUUGCGAUGUUAGAAUUUAAGAUAAAGACAAUCCUUUGGAUACAAAUAGAAAGAAAUAAUUUACAGACAAAACUGUUUAAAUUAAAUUAUGGUUAAUUGAUGAUGACGUAUCUGUCUCAGACCAAAUCGCUUAAAGCCCUUAAGGCUUUAUAUACUCUUUUGUAUAACUUAAUACUUUUUUGUUACCUAUAAGUGUACUUAAAUUAUAUAGCUGCUUGUAAAUCAUCUCCUUUUAAUUUCGAAUCUGUGAUUUAUAUGAAAUGUGCCAAAAUACUGAAAUAGUAAUGACUAGUGCUAUUUGCUCAGCGGCCUUUUUAACAUUAUAUUCUAUUUUCAUUGUUUUGAGAUACAUGAUCUUUCUAAAUUACAAUUUCUACAUUAGAGACUCUUUAUAUCUGUCGUAUAAUAUUUCGAUUUUUUCCGUGAUUUUCUCGCAAACUUUAUAUAAUACAGAAAAUUGAUGAGUCUUAAUAAUAAAUUCUCUGUUUUAUCUUUAACACUA